UAUAAGCCCCUACAAAUUCCUUGAAUAGGUCACAAAUCUGCCAGCCUCACACAUCAUAACUUCAACAAGUCUCUUCCCUCUGGUGACCAACCAUCUGCACCAUGGCUGCUGCUAGGUGGCUGCUGGGUCUGCUGGUGGUGCUGCUGGUUGCGGCGCGGCUGGCUCAGGCACAGGACAGGAUUAAGAUGUGCGGGCGAGAGCUGAUCCGUCUGGCCGUCUCAUCCUGUGGGAACUCUCGGCUGAGGAGAAGCAUCCUGGACUCAGAACUGAGCCAACAGCAGCUCGCCGCUGGCUGGGACCAGGAUGCCUCCACUGAGGAGGACCAGACUUCAGAGACACUCCAAAUUCCCUUCUCCUCUUUGGCACCUCAUUGGCACCCCCUGACCUUUCGAAUCAGACGAUCCGCUGGAAAAAUAUCUGACAUUUGCUGUGAGAAAGGAUGCAGCAUGAAAGAGCUGAUUCAGUUUUGCUAAGCACAGCUCUCCCACUCGUCCGACAGUUGAAGAGAUUUUAUUUUGGUCUGUGAAAUCCUGUGAAACCUCUGCCAAGUAACCCAAUUUCUGAGAAAUCUAGUCUGAUAAUUCUACAUGUUUCAUAUGAUGCAAGAAAAGUGUCAAAUCAGUUACUGUAGGAUGAAUUGUUCUGUGUGCAAGAGGAAGUAAAAAACACUGGCUUUAUGGAGUCAAAUCAGAUGCUAUUUAUUUGUAUUAGAAUAAUUUAUUUCAAUGCAAUCAGUGCAGCUGAUGCGCACUGCAAUAAACCUCUGAUGAUUACAAAGUCAUGCCUGGGAUGUUUUUCUGCACCC